CUGACCCUCGCGAGGCGAGAGAGCGGAGUCGCGGUCUGUCAGAGUCCACAGUCCUAACUCGGCCUCAGGCUGCGAUAGAUCGUAUCUUUCGCGGCUUCGAUCCCGCCGCGGAGCAGUCGCCCAAUUCGCCGCCCGAUUCGAGUCUCGCGCGAGUAAUCGCAAUCGCGAGCGCGCGCGCGCGCCCGGCGCAAUUGAACUUGCUUUUCUCCCGCCGGUCGGACCCUGCGAUCUGACCUCGGCCGCGAGUGAUCGAACGACCCGCGAGUAGUACGAGCGUGGAAAAAUCUACCGCCGGUGACCAGCAGCCCUUGCAUUUCGCUCCGCCGCGGAAACUCUUCUGCUUUCUCCUUGCUUGCUCUUCCGACCGCUCGCCGAUUGCCGAACGCGAGGAAGUGGACGCGAGGGCGGAUUACCGCGAUUGCGUUCGUGGGAGAACGGGAUACUGGGAUACUGUUACUGAUGCCCCCGAGAUCACGGCGUUUUCACGAUCGAAUCUGAGUAAACAAGUUAUAAAUCAGAUCGGAAGAUGCAGGCGGCGCCGUACCUGCUGUCGCUCCUCCUGAUUCUCCUCCAGCAAUCGGGAUGGACUCGAGGACUCUGCGAUCUGGAGAACGGCACCGAGGCGCGGUGCGACGAUCUAAGGGACCUCGAGAACAUUGAGGCGCGUCAUCUGGAAAUCUUGCAGGUUCCGGUGAUGCAGGACGUCUUAACUCCAGGCCUCUUCGACAAUCUGACGAAUCUCGAGCAUCUCGAUCUGUCGGCCGGCCACCUGAAGAAGAUCAAGUCGGGAAGUUUUCGCUUCUUGAAUAAAUUGAAGAGCCUGAAUCUUGGCGAGAACCGUAUCGAGUAUCUGGAACUGGCCUCUCUCGAAGGCUUGACUCACCUGCGCAGCUUGAACUUGCGUAGGAACGCCAUCCGGCAGCUGCCGCCCGCGCUGAUGCGUCUGAAAAGUCUCAAGCAUCUGGACGUUUAUGGCAAUCCGAUCGAGUGCAACUGUGCCACUCUCAAGGUCCGCGACCUCGUCGUGCAGAGGGGCGCGAGUCUGUCGAAGAAGAUCGUGUGCGCGGGCCCCGGCAACAUGAAGGGCACGUCAUUGAUGAAACCGAGCGCGACGAUCGUCUGCAGCCUUGAACAGCAGGACCGGGAGAUGCAGAACGAUCAAGCGGAGGGAUCCGGGACGGAUUUCGAAGACGAGGCCACCGAAGAGGAGGAUAACAGCGUCGAGUACGAGGAGAUUAACAGCAGCACCGGGAAGUCGGCGGAGCCGGAAGUCGAGACCCCCGUCCCGACCACGUCGCUGGACUCCACGACCGGAUCCCCCACGAAGGAGUGGGAGUCGAUCGCGCCCGCGGAGAGCACUGUCGGCAUUACGACGAGCGCCUCACAGCGGGCCGACGACGACGAGGAAAUCUUCUUCGACAACGAGGACAAGAAGGAGCAGUUCACGACCGAGAUGUCGCACACGAAGGAGAUCAAGAACUCCUUGUUCUAUCCGACGUACGGCUCCGGCGACGAGGACGAGGGUUCCGGCGAAGGAUCCGGCGCCGGCGUCUCGGAACACUACGACGAGGAGAGGACCGAGAAGAACAACGGUAGCACCAACGACGACACGUCGAUCACGAAAGCUCUGUGGGAAAUUCUGUUCGGUUCGACGGAGACCACAACGGCCGCGGAGGCGAAGGAUCCGGAUCUCGAGGAGGAGCAAUUUAUAAGCGCGUCGUCCACCGAAGAGUCGAACAAGGCUCACUCGAUCGAGUCGGAGCAAGUCACCACCGACGCGACCACGGCGUUCGUCCCGAUCGUCAAAAGCGUGGAGGUGCUGAAGGCCGCCGGCGGCGACGACAAGGCGGGUAACGUGAAGGCCGAGGUGAACAGUUUGAACGACGAGCAGGCGGACGUGUCGCCGGCCAAGCAGCCUAAGAAGGGCAUGGGCUCGUACGUAGUGCUGGCAAUUCUGCUCGCCGUCGUGGCGACGCUUAUCGGCAUCGCCGCGUACAGAGGCGACAUUUGCAGGAAGAAGAGGAAGCGCGGCGACGUGGAGAACGGCACCGAGCUCAAGGACAUGCAGAAGUCACUCCUGCCGGACGCCGGAGGCGUCGCGCAACCGAAGAUCACCUCCAACGGGAACGCCGAGAGCGUCCCCCUCGUGGAAGGCGCCCCGGAGAACGAUAACGCGAAGAUCGACAAGAUUGAGAGUGAGAAUCUUCAGACCCAGGAGACGCCGCGGUCUCACAACGGCGCCGGCGAUCAUCACGAUCCCGUGAAGCCGCCGAGGAAGCUGAUCGCUUCGCAGGACGACGAGAGGGACGAGGAGAGGCCGCGCGUGGACGUGAACUCCCUGAGAGAUAACUUCUUCGCGGACAGGACGAGUCCCGCGCAGCCCUCCGAGUCCUCGAUCACGACGAACAGCGAGCCGAUGAAGCACGAGCCGAACGGGCCGCCGCUCAGCCCCGGCGCUCAGAGAGUGAAGAUCACCUUGCAGGAAAAUCCCGACAGUGUGCCAAAGACGCCCAUACUCAUCACGCGAACGAUGGCCGGUGAGAAUCUAGUCAAGACGCCAUGAAGCCCUGUCCCGAAGGGGGUCCAGCGAGAUAGCGAACAAGUCCACGGGAUAACGAACACUGUGUGAAAUCGAUCGACCGUGCUCCGUCGACUGGAGAAAAUUCAGAGACGUAUAUGUAGCGCGAGGAACGAAGGGGAGAGAUGAUUUGUAAUAAUGCCAUUGUUCCUAGGCCUACAUGCGGAAGGCCUCCUCGCGAUGGACUUUCGCGAUGCGAAAGGUUAUCGAGCUUUAGAGACCGCGCAGUGGCGAAGGACACUUAUUUUUCGAGCGGGAAGCUGAAGGUGUGCGAUAGACGGCUGAGGCACAGGUGUAACCUCGGGCCGCUUCGUCGAACAAUCGGACGCACGAAAUGCUAUGUGUGUAUAUAUUUGCCGAUACUUUACGCAGGAUGUUCCGGGUAUCGCAUAUUUUUUUUUUUCUACUUCUGACAUCAUCUCGUCAAACAUUCCUUAAUUCUUGACAUUGGAUGUUAACACUGAAAUUUCGAAUUAAAUGAUUUUUUUGAACGAAGUGAAAUUAUUUGAUCUUCAAAAUAAAAAUACGCCUUUUUAUCCAUAUUUCGUCUAUUUUCGGAAAUUAAUUGCCAAUUCUCUUAAUUUGAUCGGGAGAAAGUAGCGCGACACCUGGGACACUCUGUAUAUACGCCACACGUGGCGGAUUCGCGGGUGGAGUUACGUUCGAGGUUAACACUAUAGUACACUAGUCAGUCUUCCUAUAACGGAUCUCGCGUGUCCUGCGAGCGCCAGUGCAGGGACACCCGAGAAAUCCUUACGGUUUUCGUUGUCGCGCGAGAUUGCAUCGCGAGGAUCCUUAGAUUAAUCCGAGGAUCGGUAAUGUUCGCUGUGUAUGUUAAGUGAGAUUCGGGGAGCAUUCCACUAUUCUGCCAUAUUUUUUUCUAUUACGAAACUUCGAAGAUUGCACUCCGCGUCGACCUUACGCCGUCCUUCGAUCGAGCCGCGGAUUGCCAACGCGCACUUUGUAGCUCUAGUGCGGCGUUUUAGGUAUGCAGUUUACGCGCUUAGAUGCGAAGAAUCUGUAAUUCAAUGAGAAGCGGAGUUUGUCAAUUAUGAAUAAUGACCUUUGGGACGGUUUACAGAGUGCGAGUGCUUGGUGAACGAUUUAACGCUACAGGUAACAUUAUAGGACUCAUUAAUCACGGCGUAGAAAAUAUAUAACGUAAUAUUCUGUUAUCAUGUUAUUUCUUUUAUAGCGAUCCCAGUCCGAGACAAUUCCUUCGCGGCCACAGAAACGUUCCAGGAAGGCGGCGACUCGAAAUUUUCUAUGCAUUAACAUAUUUAUUCACAGCGCAGAUUAAUGCGGGGAUCUUGCGAAAGAGGGCAGACGCACUUUGUGCACACGUAUGACGGGUACUCCAUGGACAUUGAUCGCGCGAUUAUCAGUCAAAUGGACGCGUCAUACGGUAGUUACGCGCGGAGUGACGAAGCGCCUACAUGUUAUCAUAUUAUCGUAAUCGAUUACUAUUCUACGUACGAUUCUUUAAGCCAAAUGUGUCGAAUGCUGUACGGCGUAUAUGAUUUAAUUUUAAGAUAGCGCGGAUCCCGUUAGAUCGACUUGGCCCAACGAUACACAUCGUCAGAUUUAAUUAGGGUAAAGCGAUGAAAUAAGCAGCUCAGUGAAGACUCUAUUUAUAUGUUCAGUCUUUAAUCAAUAAAAGAGAGUGUUAUUUUUUGUUGAA